GCUAAACCCACUAAACCCACCGUGGCCGACCCCUGGCAGAAGCGCUGCAAGUCCCCUGUUUGUGCUGCAGCUCAGGCGCUACAGCGAUGCGCACCGCCUGCCACAAAGGGCGGUGAAAACAUUUAAAUGCACAAGCACGCCGCCACGUUCCACAUCCACCAAGUCGACAUUCAUUCCCUCACGAGCUUCACUUUUCUCUCGCCAUUCUCUCCUUUCAACUCUUCACCUGAUACCCAAGCUCAAUUGUACUUCUACAGUCCACUUCUUCAAGAUGGCCGCUCGUCCUCAGAACAUUGGCAUCAAGGCCAUUGAGAUUUACUUCCCCAGCCAGUAUGUCGACCAGGUCGAACUUGAGAAGUUCGAUGGUGUUGCCGCUGGCAAGUACACCAUUGGUCUAGGCCAGACCAAGAUGGCCUUCUGCGACGACCGUGAGGAUAUCUACUCAAUGGCCCUCACCGUCACCUCAAAACUGCUCAAGAACUACAACGUCGACGUCAACUCGAUCGGCCGCCUCGAGGUUGGCACUGAGACCAUCCUCGACAAGUCCAAGUCGGUCAAGUCUGUCCUGAUGCAGCUGUUUGGCGACAACACCAACAUUGAGGGUGUCGACACCAUCAACGCCUGCUACGGCGGCACCAACGCCUUCCUCAACAGCGUCAACUGGAUCGAGUCCUCCGCCUGGGACGGCCGCGAUGCCAUUGUUGUCGCCGGCGACAUUGCCCUCUACGCAAAGGGUGCUGCCCGCCCCACCGGUGGCGCUGGUGCCGUCGCCAUUCUCGUUGGCCCUAACGCUCCUAUUGUUGUCGAGCCCGGCCUGCGUGGCAGCUACAUGCAGCACGCCUACGACUUCUACAAGCCCGACCUGACCAGCGAGUACCCCGUCGUUGACGGCCACUUCUCCCUGACCUGCUACACAAAGGCCCUCGACGCCGCCUACCGUGACUACUGCAAGAAGGAGGCCAAGCUGGCCAACGGCACCACCAACGGUGUCGACGAGUCCAAGACCCCCCUGGACCGCUUCGACUACCUUGCCUUCCACGCCCCCACCUGCAAGCUGGUCCAGAAGUCGUACGCCCGACUGCUGUACCACGACUUCCUGGGCAACGCUGAUGCCACUGCCUUCGCCGAGGUCGCCCCUGAGCUGCGUGACAUGGACUACGAGAAGUCCCUGACCGACAAGGCUCUCGAGAAGACUUUCAUGACCCUCACCAAGAAGCGCUACCAGGAGCGCGUCAACCCCGCCAUCCAGGUGGCCACUCUGUGCGGUAACAUGUACUGCGCCAGUGUUUGGGGUGGACUGGCCAGCUUGCUGUCCUUUGCCGACAGCAAGGCCCUCGAGAACAAGCGAAUUGGCCUCUUCAGCUACGGCUCUGGUCUCGCCGCCACCUUCCUGUCUCUCCGCAUCGUCGGCAGCGUCGAGACCAUUGGCAAGACUCUGGACAUUCCCGCCCGUCUGGAGGCCCGCCGCGCUGUCCCUCCUGAGACUUACGAUGAGAUGUGCAACCUCCGAAAGCAGGCUCACCUCCAGAAGAACUACACCCCCAAGGGCGAUGCCUCCACCAUUGCCCCCGGCACCUACUACCUGGAGAAGGUCGACGACAUGUUCAAGCGCGAGUACUCAGUAAAGGCUUAAAUGUCUUGCUGUCUUUUCUGAACCAUUCUUCGUCGAUACAAUUACCACCCUUUUCUGAUUGAAUAAAUUUGUGCGGCAUGGAGCACACGGCGUCCUGUUUUUUAAACCAAACGUUGGGCGAAUCUUUUUUUUUUAUUACGUGGGAAACCUGUCUAACUGGCACGAAAUGAAACGAGCACAGCGAUAGAACUCAUCUGUUGAGAAAUAUGCAGGUGAUGAAUUUUUUUGGUUUUGUUUUUAAAGUUUUUGCUAUUUGGUAUUAUAUGAUGAAUGUCUCUUCCUCUGGAUAGACAGAUGGGGUGGGCGUUGGGCCAUAAUGAGUGAGGGAGAAAAAAAGAGGCUGAAUGAGGCGAUGGUGCCUGAUAUGUGUGGGCAUGAUUGGUGUAGAUAUUUAGAGAUGAGCCGCGUUUUAUACGGGCUACGUUUUUAAAGAAGAAAAA